CCGAAAAUAUGAGUUCAAUAUCAGACGUAUAUAGCUGUCGUUUUGAAUCUACGAGAGAAACUUCCACUCAGUUUUACCGCAGCGGAUGAUGCUUUGUCUAGUUCUGGGGCUAAUUUGCCCCGAGUUUCCCUUCCUUUUCGCUGUCAGAGGAGUAGAAUCUAAAUUUUUUCGGCGGGUAAAAACCGGUCAAGGCCCGCCUCCGUGAAUUUUUAUAUCUCCAGUAACCUCUCAGACGUCGAAAUUGUAGACCGGAAAGGAUCCAUGAAUGAGAAGCGAACUUUGCUUCUAGUCCCCUGAGAGCGUCGCUUCCCGACGGAAUGUCGGACAGCACAGGCAGGAAGGAACACCAACAUGGCGGGUCAAAAACAUCCACAUCAGGGGACUCUUCUGCCACAAGCCAUGGCGCUAGCAAGCCGUCCGUGGUGCAAUCUGCACGAAAAUAUGUGCACUUGGUGCUCAAUUGCCGCACGCAGGAGGCUGAGGCACUUUUCAAUUCUCAGCCCAACAAGAUCCAACUUCUACUUGUCAAGGGAUUCUGCGACGCUCUCAAUGGCUGCUUAACCUUUGAAGAUACGGUAAUCAAAAGAGCCAUGAGUGAGCUGAAACAGGUAGAAGAACAAGCUUUGGCAAUGCAUAAAGGAAACCGAGGUACGCUAGGAAGAAUAUUCAAGAAGCAGUCGAAGAACGACCAACCGGCUCUUCCGCCAGAAGAAGUAUUAUACCGAGAGCUGAUCGCUGCUGAUUGUCAGAUUCUCCAGGCUGUUCUCACAUUUUUGGGACAGAAUUUGCAGAGUUACAUCCGAGGCGGUUGGAUGCUGAGGAAGGCUUGGAUACGGUAUCAAGACUUGUUCAGCAAAUUGCGAGCCAUGUGCUGCAAGUUUCUGGGAACUCAUGGUCAGAACAUUCCGGAAUUUCUCCGCAACGAACUCACGACUCUCAUGAACAUAUCUCUGUCUGAUGCCGCACCGGACGAUUCCGCACCAGCUUCGGCUUCCUCGUCCAAGAGCCAAGUGUUCCAGGAUGGAGGCAGUGACAUAAACGACGAGAACAGCAACGAUUCCGCGGAUGACAUGAACUUGGAAGAUGACGAGAUCUACGACCUCACGGAGCUUGUCACUCAGAAAACGUCAGAGGCUGAGAAGGCCGGGAGAUUCGACAAAGAAUACGGGGAUGUCCAGAUUCCAUCAGAACUGGAAGUGAGCAGCAUCCUCAGUCAGAAGACGAUUCGCCGUCUUAUGAUCAUGGAAAGAGUGCUCAGCUCGUCAGUGCCUAAGCUUUCGUCCCCGACAUCUUCCGCCUCUCCGGCAAACAAGCUCCGAGAGACUCGUUCCGAGUAUUAUCCGAAAACGCCGGACUUGUCGUGUGGCACACGCGUCAAGAGCAUCAGCGAGAAAACAGUGAAUGGCUUGUACCACUCGAUGAAUCCUAGUGCUUUAAUCGGGCUCGUGUCUGCUGUGUGUUUCGGCUAUGGCCUGCUUCAAGUCUGCUUCUCCAUGAUCCCUCCUUCUCUGACGCGGGUCACGAGGAUCUUGGGAUUCCAGGGAAACAAGGAACUUGGACUAAGAUGCCUGAACUUUGCCUCUUAUGGACAAGAUAUGCGAGCACCCUUCGCACUCCUCGGGUUGCUGUGGUAUCACCUGGUAGCGAUGCCAUUCCUGGCUUUGGAGAUGAAUUCAUCAAUUGUUAACGAUGAAGUCCGGGUGUUGCUCGGGCGAGCGGAACAGGAAUACGGAACAUCUCCCUUCUUCAUGUUCUUCCAAGCGAGGGCUUGUCGUCUUAUGGGUGAGGUGGAAUGGGCACUUUCAUUGUACAACCGGGUGAUAACGUCCAGCAAACGUGAGGAUUUGAGUCGUUUGUGCAGCCAUGACAUUGGAUGGUGCCACUUGAACAGACUGCGAUGGACUGAUGCGUCAUCUCCCUUUCUGAUGCUGAAACGGGAGAGUCAGUGGUCGAAGUCCUAUUACGCGUAUUUGUCGGCGUUGACGGUCGGAGCCCUUGGUGAUGACAAGAGAGCUCUGGAACUGGCCCAAGAAGUACCGACGUUGAUGAAGAAGAGAAAUCCUUUGGAGGCUUUCAUUAUGUUCAGAUCCAAGUGCAUUGUGAAAGGAAGACCCACUUCGAUGCAGAUCAAGGUCUACGUUUACGAAAUCUUGUACUUGCAAAACUGCUUCCCUUCGUGCACGCCCGGAAACCUGGAGUUGAUCAUGAAUGGACACAUAGACACAGCGCAGGGUCACUUUUCUGCUGCCACACACGCUGACAUAAACGACAAGGAAGAAAGUUACAUCUCGGCUUAUGCGUCCUGCGAAAUGGGCCACUUGCUGAAGAAGAAAAACAGUUUUGCACUGGCUGCCAAAGAGGAGGCGUUGAGAAAGAACCAGCAACACACGGAGGGAUCUGGUUUCGAAAAUGUUCUUUCAGUUCAAGGUGAGGUGGAAUGGGCACUUUCAUUGUACAACCGGGUGAUAACGUCCAGCAAACGUGAGGAUUUGAGUCGUUUGUGCAGCCAUGACAUUGGAUGGUGCCACUUGAAUAGACUGCGAUGGACUGAUGCGUCAUCUCCCUUUCUGAUGCUGAAACGGGAGAGUCAGUGGUCGAAGUCCUAUUACGCGUAUUUGUCGGCGUUGACGGUCGGAGCCCUUGGUGAUGACAAGAGAGCUCUGGAACUGGCCCAAGAAGUACCGACGUUGAUGAAGAAGAGAAAUCCUUUGGAGGCUUUCAUUAUGUUCAGAUCCAAGUGCAUUGUGAAAGGAAGACCCACUUCGAUGCAGAUCAAGGUCUACGUUUACGAAAUCUUGUACUUGCAAAACUGCUUCCCUUCGUGCACGCCCGGAAACCUGGAGUUGAUCAUGAAUGGUAAAAGCCCUCUCCUUUUGAAGAUGAAAUUGUGGACUGUGUUUGCAAUACCGCCAUCUUGUGCCGAUUUGCCACCUAAUUCCAAGUAUUUGCAGAGAGCUGUGGACAAUUUCAGAGGAUGUCACCUGGAGCACCGUUUGCAAUCGAGAGUUCAAAGCGUUAUGCAAGACACGUCCUCUAGCAAUACUGUGAAACAGGUGCAGAAAUUCGCGUUGCCGAAAAUGAUCCAGAGUUUUGCACUGGCUGCCAAAGAGGAGGCGUUGAGAAAGAACCAGCAGCACACGGAGGGAUCUGGUUUCGAAAAUGUUCUUUCAGUUCAACCUGACUUUGACGUGAAAGAAGACCCAAAGCCUGCUCCUCUUUUGGAAGACCAGCCGAAUUUUCUAGAGCAAUUGGACAACAAUCUUGCCAAUGCCUAUAACAUUGUGAAGCCUCAGCCUAAAGUGGACCUUCUUCCCAGUGGUGAUCAUACAACUGGCACCAGGAAACGAUGAACUCAUUCAUGCUGUGCUUCCUGUUUUGGUUAUCCUUUGUUUUUCGGCGUAUCAAUAAAACACGUUACGCCCACUUCAUAAAUAAAACUCUUCUUCCUCUUCCCCCAAAAAACGUAUGAAUGGAACCCAAUGAGUCUAGCGCAACACUUCGAGGCCACCCAAUCGGAAAACAACAAGCAAGAACAAGUGAAAAAUAAAACCAACAUGUUCAAUGCAAUGGAACGGAAGAAACGAUGGAUCAGUACAAUCUUUUCAACUCGUGCUCCAACAGAAAUCUGUAAUGACUCUUCAAAAAAACCAACCUAGCUCACAUUCUCACGCGAAAUCACUUCAAGACAAAUCAUGAUGGAAGCAUAACCUCAACACACGGUGCAAAGGAAAAGAGGAAAGCUUGCGACUUGUCCAAUUCAAUUUUCAGCUUUUACCAAUCGUUCCCACAAAAAUGGAAUGAAUUUCCUUCUACUCGAGAGUUGAACAGCUGAUUGAUCUUGGUUUCACUGAAAUCUCUCUGAAGGAAACUGGUAAUUUUCUUCAGACUUAAAAAUACGAUCACGUUAAAAACACAUUUGCAAAGAAUGAAUUAGGAAUACUACUUGAAAUGAAGAAAUAAUUUGAAAAAUUCAAUCCAACACGAAACAAUUAAGAGACAACUGGAAAGUAAGGAAUCAAGUUUCGGAUCCACUACUUUAAUUUCACACAUUUUCCGAAAGAAAAAUCCUACCAAUUUUGUGCCUUGCAAAGUUUCUUUCCCCAUAACUAAUCCUCACCAUGGCUACCAUCUAUGUCUGCAAAAUUGUUUCCAUCAGUGAAAUUACGAUGAAACCUCAAAAAGCUAGUUCUCGAAAAAGGCCAAGAGUAAAAGCGAAGUUUUCCUUGAACUAAUUCCAACGCAAACACCUCGGGGGGCUGAAUACUUCGGACCAAAAAAUAAAACACAUAAACCCAAUGUACAACUUCCUCCUCAAUGUUUUCUUUAAA